AUAGCACCUUCUCUAAGACCAGGCAUUUACGCCCCAACAAUGACCUUCUUCGACCCCGAAACCGAAGAUCUGGAUAUCCCCACUAUCAGGUAUCAUGCCGUACGCCUCGCGCAAGCCGGCCUAACUGGACUAAUAACCAUGGGCUCCAACGGUGAAGCUGUGCAUCUCUCCCAGUCCGAAAAGCAAGCCAUAACGCGCGCAACCCGUGAAGCCCUGGAUAAGGCGGGAUAUAAAGAUGUCUCAGUAAUGGUCGGAUGCAGUGGCCAAUCUGUCCGUGGAGCCAUUGAGCUCUGCAGAGAGGCCGCAGAAUCCGGUGGCGACUCGGCGCUCCUUUUACCACCAAGCUACUACAGGUACGCCAUGACGGAGGAAGCGAUCUAUUCCUACUUCACCAAGAUAGCGGAUUCUUCGCCGAUUCCCCUAAUCCUGUAUAAUUACCCCGGGGCCGUUGCAGGAAUUGACAUGGACUCGGACUUCAUACUGAAGUUGUCAGCACACUCGAAUAUAGUCGGGACUAAGUUCACCUGCGGUAAUACGGGAAAGCUCGCCCGAGUGGCGUUGGAGAUGGAUGCUGUCACCCCGACCAGCAAAGGAUCGGGGUACAUGGCCUUUGCUGGAAUGGCAGACUUCCUACUACAGGGAUUGAUGGUCGGGGGCUCAGGGGUCAUCGCUGGCGGGGCAAACGUCUCACCAAAAGCAUGCGUGAGAGUCUUUAACCUAUUCGCCGAAGGGAAAAUCGAUGAGGCGAUUGCAGCACAGAAGAAGUUGUCCAGAGGCGAUUGGGUGUUGACUAAGGCUGGCAUCCCCGGGACUAAGAGCGCCAUCAGGUCGUAUUUCGGGUACGGGGGGUACCCGAGGCAGCCAUUGCAGAGGCUAUCGGCCCAAGAGGAGGAGGAUAUCGCGGAGAAGAUCGGGGACUUGAUGGAGUGGGAGAGCAGUUUAUAAUUGUGCAGUUCUUGUGGUUGUGAUUGCAGAGGGUAGGAUGAUGGGCCCAAAGCCUGGGAACAUGGGAAUACUCAUUUUAUCUUGCCUGUUUAAAGUUGCUGGAUUUUCAUUUCUUCUCUUUGAGGUGUUGUAAUUCGUAUGAACCCCUAAUGGAUCAUACCGGAGAGAACAGUUUUAAAACUCUGUUUGAGCGAAGUAUGGCAUCUCAAGAGCACUUUUUUGGAGCAUGAUUAGAGAUUAUAUGGGAACCUCCUCUUUUU